AUGGCGGACGAGAAGGACUGUGAGGGCGCGAGUAGUCUUGAGAACUCUAGAAGCCGAGUUGGUGGGGUGGAUUCGAGGUAUUUAGCAACUUUACAGCCACAAGACAGAAAGCGCUUUCAAGAAAAGUUGAAAUAUGUAGUGGAUGGGGAAUUAUUAGAAAUACAAAAUCCCUACGAGUCAUGGAAUGCGCCGUCGUGGAGUGAUAAGCCCACCGCGUGGCCUGAAAUAGAAUUUGGUGAUCUGUGGACUUACCUCGUUGAAAAGCCAGGACCUUUUACAGAAGCAAAAAUGAAAGCUUACAAAAGUCUGGAAGCCCAUAAAUACUUUGUGUCUCGCAAAGAUGGCGUUGUUUACAGCCGUGAAGUUAAGGAAAAGACGGGAAUCUUCAUCCUAAAGGCUGAAGUUCGCCCUGGGCAAGCAGAGUCUCAAAAUUCAUACUGA